AUGGAUUUCCGUCAAUUCUUCUUAUUUGGGCUCAUCUUAUGCAUUUUGAUCAUUGAAAUUUCUGCUGUUGAUCGAGACUUUACAAAUGACGAUGAAGAUGCUCCAUCAGCAGUCUUGACACAAAGAAGUAUGAACUCACGUUAUUAUUCAGGAGCAUGUGCGUCUAACCCUUGUGAACAUAACGGUGUUUGUACUCCAAGAGGGGAAAGAAUCUUUGAUUGUAAAUGCGUUGGUCCAUGGCGAGGCAUCUAUUGUGGAAUAGCUGAUGCAUGUUAUCGUUCUCCAUGCCAACAUGGAGGUACAUGUCUUAAUGUAGUUGAUGAUUAUUGGUGUAAAUGUUCAACGGAUUAUUACGGAAAAAAUUGUGAAUCAAGAUUUUCUAAUCCUGGUGACUUGGUAAAUCAAUGUCGACCAAAUAUUUGUAAUACUGGUCGAUGUGUUUCUUUGAAAACAACUUACUAUUGUCAAUGUCCUGAUGAUCGUUAUGGUGAACAUUGUGAAAAACGUUUGAGUUAUUAUAAACGAAGUUUUUCGGGUCAAAAACCGUUUUACGAAUUAUUAGAUCAAGCUAAACGAGAUAUGCGUGAUCAAAUUCUUACUGAUGAUGAUGAUAAUGAUGAAAAAAAAUAG